AUGUACUGGGAACAAUUGGAGCUUCGCUGCCGGUCCCUAUAUCGAGCACCCACCACGGGCAGGGCUUCGGGACAGCAAGAAAGAUCACAGAAUACAUGUAGCUGUUGCACUCAAUGUCAUACAACACAACCGGCCUGGGAUUUCAGUGUGCAACACAGGUUUUGGGCUCCUGGUCGCAUUGGUAACUUGUACUCACCAAAUCCGGGCACAGGAAGAAAAACUUCACCUUGGAGUUGGUUUCCAUGGCCGAGGGGAAAUAGUCAGAAUUCCCGAUGUCGUAUGAACGUGCCACAAUCGGGUGACAGCGCGUACGGUUUCUGCGAGACGGAAGCUAAUCCAAACUCAGCCCAGCCCUACGAUGAAAGAAACCUAAACUACCCUCAGAACCAAUUCCCGAGACAAACCCAAGCUUUCAGCCAGAACCCAGCUACAUUCAGCCAGAACCCAGCUAAUUUUGGCCAGGGAAGCAGUUUCCAGGGUUAUGCAGAAGGAUUUGAGGGUAGUUUGGAUGGUCAAACCGUUUGGGGUCCGCCCCCACCUUAUAGUCCCCACGGCAGAAGUGGAAGCAGGCAUCAUCUCCACCAAGAUCCUGCAUCAGCUACACUACUUCAUCAUCAUCACAUGGACCACAGGAGCUCUAUGAAUGUGCAUGAGAUGCAUGCGUGCAGCAGGAACUACUUGCAUAACAUGCAAGGCAUGGAUGUUAAUAGGAUGCAGGAUAUCAACAACGAUAUACGGAACCCGGAAAUAGCAAGAAUGAAUCCGGAAAUAGCAAGGAUUAAUCCAGAGUUGGCAAGGAUUAAUCCGGAAUUGGCGAGAAUGAAUCCGGAAUUGGCGAGAAUCAAUCCAGAAUUAGCAAGGAUUAAUCCAGAGUUAACAAGGAUGAAUCCAGAAUUGGCGCGGAUGAAUUCAGAGUUAGCAAGAAUAAAUCCUGAACUAGCAAGGAUGAAUCCAGAGUUAGCAAGACUUAAUCCGGAGUUAGCAAGACUGAAUCCAGAUAUGAACAUGUAUCCAAACGAUCCGAAUGACAUGUGCUUGCAAGAAAUGGUGAAUGUGGGACAGGAAAGAUUCAAUACAUUAAGAGGACAUCUUGUACCUUAUAGGAACUGUCCAAGAAUGGGCAACGGUUCAGGAAAUAUACACAGAGAUACAGUUGAUAUAGAGUGUUUACAUCAGAAGAGUGUUAGUAGAGUUUCAGACCAAAGCAGUGACUCGUGCAUUAAACAGGGGAAAGAAAAUUUGGGAUUCCAGAACGAUAAACACUCUCCAAUAAGGUCUUCCCUACAAGAAAAUCGCCAGGCAGAGUCCGAGGUUUACUUCGCAGAUGUAUCCAGUUGUUGCACUGUUAGUGUUAAGGCCGAAUGCUGUAUGAAUCCGAAUGUAUCGUUGGUCGGUACCAUAGACAAUCAUCACGAAUCAUCAGAAUCAGAUGGUUCAUUCACACUCACACGCCAGAGACAACACACACAGAGCUCAAAGAGGCGACGACACACGGACAAACAGAAACACAGGCUGGACUACACGGAACACGGAACGAUCAGGGAAUGUGUGGACCGGAACGAACGACACGAACGGAUCUGUUCGAGCGAUCAGAUAGAACGAAUCAACGACUCCAGAGAUCGAUUGAACGAUUCCAGAAGCGAUCGGAUGAGCGAUAGAUUGAACGAUUCCAGAAUCGAACGCAUGAGCAUGCGUAAUGAUCCGAGAUUGGAGCGUUGCGAUCGUGAUAGAUCGAUCGAUUCCAGAAUUGACAGAUUGAACGAUUCUAGAAUUGAUAGAUUGAACGAUUCUAGAAUUGAACGAAUGAGUGAUAGGGUGAGUGAGUGUCGAUUAGAUCGUAGUGACCGAGAACGUGCCAGUGACGUUAGAAUUGAUCGAAUGAAUGACUCAAGAGUUAUAAGUGACCGCGGAAACGAUGCUAGACUGGAUCGAAGUGAUCAAGAUAGGUCAAACGAUUCAAGAAUCGAUCGGUUGAACGAUUCUAGAAUAGAUCGUAUGAGUGAUCGAGCAAAUGAUUGCAGACACGAACGGGAUAGGUCCAACGAUCCAAGAAUAGAACGAUUUAAUGAUUCAAGAAUAGAAAGGAUGAGCGAUCGAGCUAACGAUUCCAGAAUUGAUCGAGAGCGGUCCAACGAUCCUAGAAUCGACCGUUUGAACGAUUCCAGAAUCGAUCGUUUGAACGAUUCCAGAGCUGAUCGUUUGAACGAUUCCAGAGCUGAUCGUUUGAACGAUUCCAGAACUGAUCGUUUGAACGAUUCCAGAAUCGAUCGUUUCGACGACCGCCGUAUGUCCGACAUCAAUUCCAGUAUGAGAAUAGAGGGAAGUCCAAAAAUGCGUUCACACAUGAGCCCGCUGCGAAUGAAAAGUCCAAAGGGCAUACAAAAAGAUACAAUGGAAACUAAGGAUUUCUUCACUCCGAUAUCACCUCUAUCACCUAACACUGAAGAGUCGUUAUUGUCUGAUGAUGACAGACCGGAAACGGUGUAUUCUAAUGAACCGGAAGUGAAGUGUUUGGCGCCGGAUUCACAGUAUGAAGCGAUCAGAGACGGAAACGAGAUGUUGAAGACCAAUCAUCAUCAUUGUUACAGCGAUACUAACACUAUGGACUCGGGCUGGCAGAGCGGCUCGGAGAAACAGGUCACUGAUUGA